AUGGAGUGGUUUGGCGAGCGAGCCCGAGCGCCGUAUCAGUCGUCGGUUCCGGACAAGACUUUCACCACGUAUCCAGAUGAGUGGACGGCAUCAGACCACGAUAGAGAGCACGCAUCUGCACAAACUCAAAGUCAGCCGCCACCAAAUGCUUCGCACAAUCAGAGGCGAUACAAACCACGAACGUGUCGUAUCUGCCUGGAUGUCGUGGAACCAAAAUACCCUUCAAAUUCGAGCAAGCCGGUAUACGUAUCUGAUGACGCCGAGCUAGGAAGACUCUUGUCCCCAUGCAAGUGCAAGGGAUCGCAAAAAUAUGUGCAUGAGGGAUGUCUCAAUUCUUGGCGGCUGUCAAACCCCACGGCCCCAAGAAAUUACUGGCAAUGCCCAACGUGCAAAUUCUCCUAUCGACUGGUGCGCCUUCAUUGGGCCUCGAUGCUAAGCAGCAAAUGGGCUCAAGCCGGGCUAACGGUGGCGAUUCUUGUUGUGAGCAUAUUCUUGCUGGGAUUCAUGGCAGACCCGCUCCUCAACCUCUGGGUCGAUCCCGUUGGUACAAUCAGCGAAACCGUGACGAGCGUGGUAACGGAUAUUGAAGCGCUUCAAGAGCCAGACUGGGAACCGCCAACAACAUGGUCGGAACAUUUCGUCAAAGGCUUCUUCUCACUUGGCCUUGUGGGCAUCUUCAAAUCCAUGCUCGCCGUCUCGCCGUGGCAUUGGUGGAACCUGCGCAACAUGACGGGACGACGCCAGGAAGGCGGAAGAGCAAGAGUCGAGAACAUCAGCCUAUUGUUUGUCAUUAUUGGGGCCUUUACGGCUCUGAUGGGAAUUUGGAAAGGAGUGAAGAAACUCAGUGAACGAGUGCUGAAGAAUGUGAGUGAGAGAGUCUUGGAUGUCGGGACUGACGACGAUGACGGUGACCUUGAUGAGGACGAAAAGAAGGAUCAAUGA